AUGGGCUCUUCAGCCUAUUUUCUUGUGAUCGCUGCCAUCUUAACAACAUAUUUUGGUGAUGCGGAAAGAGCAGAGCAAGAAUAUGACAAUUAUCAGGAAUUUGUCAUUACGGAAGGACAGCAUGGUCUCUUCCCGACAAUUUUCAAUUUGGCAACAAAUGCACUUAUCUAUGCAGAUGCUACCUGUGGCCAACACCAUCGUGAAAUUUACUGCAAAUUAGUAGAGCAUGUUUUCAACAGGCAACCGCAAUGUGACGUUUGUGAUGCUAACGAUGUCAGAAAGCGUCAUCCAAUUGAAUUUGCAAUUGACGGUACUCGACGCUGGUGGCAAAGUCCAUCGUUAGCUAAUGGGCUUGAUUUUGAGCGGGUCAAUAUCACCAUUGACCUGAGACAAGAAUACCAAGUGGCUUAUGUAAUUGUAAAAAGUGCGAUUGCACCUCGACCUGGAACCUGGGUAUUGGAGAAAUCACUUGAUGGUAUUAACUAUCAACCUUGGCAAUAUUACGCAGUCAGUGAUGCUGAAUGUUUGCGACAAUUCAAUGUACCAGCAACCACUGGUGUACCAAGAUUUACACGAGAUGAUGAGGUAAUAUGUACAUCAUACUAUUCAAAACUUGACCCGUUAGAAAAUGGUGAGAUUUAUACGUCCCUCGUGAAUGGACGACCAUCUGCCGAAGCUGCGUCUGAAACCUUACAGCAGUUUACUCGAGCUCGUUAUGUACGUCUUCGCUUGAUGAGUUUACGAACACUAAACGCCGAUUUGAUGAUCAUUAAUCGUCGUGACAAGAGCAAUAGAUUGGAUCUCUCGGUCACAAGACGUUACUUCUAUGCCAUCAAAGAUAUUAGUAUCGGAGGGCAAUGCAUUUGUCAUGGACAUGCAGAAAGUUGUCCACCUGAUCCGGUCACCGGGCAAUCACGUUGUGAAUGUCGUCAUAACACGUGCGGUGAAUCUUGCAGCAAGUGUUGUCCACUGUUCAACCAACUUCCGUGGCGUCAAGGAACGCAAUCCCGUCCUAAUAUUUGCCAACCCUGUCAAUGUUUUAACCACGCGACUCAUUGCGAAUACGAUGAAGAAGUGGAACGACUAGGUUUAAGCGUUACUCCGGAAGGUAUCUUCGAAGGUGGUGGGAGGUGUGUUGCUUGUAAACACAACACUGAUGGAAUAAACUGUGAACGUUGCUUAUGGACAUACUUCCGACCUUCGGGUGUCACCCACUAUCGAGAAGAUGCAUGUCGACCCUGCGAUUGUGACCCGAUUGGUUCCGAACAUAAUAACUGCGUUCGGGACGAGACCAGCGCAGAUGGUGAUCAAAAACCGGGCGACUGUAUCUGCAAACCGGGAUUUGGUGGGCGUCGAUGCGAUGUUUGUGCACCGGGAUACCGGAAUUAUCCGAAGUGCGAACCGUGCCCUUGUAAUCGAGCUGGUUCUCUAAAUUUUAACACGUGUGAGGAGGAACAGUGUAUUUGCAAGCCAAAUGUAGAAGGUCUUUAUUGUGAUCGAUGCAAGGAAGGUACCAUAAAUCUGGACAUGAAAAAUCCAAAAGGUUGUCAACCUUGUUUCUGUUUUGGUCUUAGCAAAGAAUGCCGUGAAAAGCAAUGGAAUCGUGGAGAGAUUCGGAGUACUACAAGUUGGAUGUUAACGGAUUUGUCAGGUGAAAAAUUGGUCACACCGAAGUCAGAAAGUGAAGUAUUGAUGUACACCAACAGCGAAUACAAAAACAAUGAAUUAUAUUAUUGGAAAGCACCGAAGGAAUUUAAUGGGAAUCUGCUGAACAGUUACGGUGGAAUUUUGCAAUAUUUUGUAUAUUUCGUACCAAUGGGUGAUGGCGAAGAAACAUCUAUUCCUGAUGUUAUUAUAGAAGGUAAUGGCAUAAAAUUGGAAUACUAUAGUCGACAAAACUUCUUCCCGAGAGAGAAUAUCAGCAUUCAGAUAGUUAUGAGAGAAGGUAGCGGAUGGCAUAAUUCGCAUAUGCGUACGCUUACUGAUAAGCAUGAAAUGAUGCGUGUUUUGGCUGAUGUUAACACAAUGAUGAUACGAGCUAUGUAUAACAAGCAACAAAUACAAUCAAGUAUUUAUGGACUAAAGCUGGACACAGCAAUUGAACUCAAAAGUACAGCCGAUGGUACAGAAGAACUAUUGAGACCAUCGCAAAUGUUCAAUGCCCUGAUGCGUGGCGUUGAAAUAUGUCAGUGUCCCGAAUAUUACGCUGGCAACAGUUGUGAACGCUGUACAUUGGGAUAUCGCAGGGUAAAUAAUCAACUGUUCGAUGGUCGUUGCGAGAAAUGUAAUUGUGAAGGGCACUCCUUUGAAUGUGAUCCCUUCACGGGUGAUUGUAUAAACUGUCAACAUAAUACAACUGGCCGUCGGUGUCAUCAGUGUUUACCUGGACACUAUGGAAAUCCAUCUCUGGGUGGCGAACUUGGUCAAUGUCGUCCAUGUGCAUGUCCAACUAUCGAGAACAGUCAUUCUGCAAUGUGUAGCCUAACGCAGCUUAUUGUUGGAGGUGCUGCAGCUUAUGGUGAGGACGCGUACGUUUGCACGGCUUGUGAUCACGGUUACGAUGGCAAUAAGUGUGAAAUUUGUGCUGAUGGUUUCUUUGGAGAUCCACUGACAGAGAAUGGUACUUGCGAACUUUGUGAUUGUAACGGUAAUAUCGAUCCAAUGGCUAUUGGGAACUGUGAUCGGAAAACAGGGAAAUGUUUGAAAUGCAUCUAUAACACAGCUGGUGAUCACUGUGAAGAAUGCAAGGAGAAUCACUGGGGUAAUCCGAAGGAUAAGUCUUGUCGACCUUGCGGAUGUCACCCUAAAGGUGCUCGUUCCGCCACGUGCAACAAAUCAACUGGCGUUUGUGACUGUCAUAAUAAUUAUGUGGGUAUGCAGUGCAAUCGAUGUAAGGAUGGACAUGGUGACAUUGAAAACAAGUGCCCUGCAUGUAAUUGCAAUAUGACCGGUUCCUUUAGCAGUGAAUGUGAUGAAGUAUCCGGCCAAUGUGCUUGCAAGACAGGAGUAUUUGGGAAGCAAUGUGACAUGUGCAGAGCAAGUUAUUUUAAUUUUUCCGAGAAUGGCUGUCAAUUUUGUCAUUGUAAUUCCUUCGGUGCGGUAGAUGAUGGCCGUUGUGAUAAUGUCACGGGAAAAUGUGAAUGUCGCGAAAAUGUCAAAGGCAAAAUGUGUGAAAAAUGUGCGGAUGGUUAUUUUAAUAUAACUAGCGGGCUGGGAUGCCAGGUAUGCGCUUGCGAUCCAUUAGGUUCGGAAGGCAUCCAAUGUGAUACACAUACAGGUCAGUGUGCUUGCAAAUCUGGAGUUAUUGGGUUGAAGUGUGACAAAUGCGCCCCGAAUCAUUUUGGAUUAGAUUCAAAUGGAUGUAAAGAAUGUCGUGUUUGUCCAGCACCUGGUCAUAUCUGCCACUCAACAACUGGAGAGUGUAUCUGCCCACGUAACACCAUCGGUGAAAUGUGUGAAAACUGUUCCAAUAAUGCUUGGAAUUACGAUCCAUUGAAUGGUUGUACGCUCUGUGAUUGUUCCGGUAUCGGAGCUGAUGGACCGAAUUGCAAUCCGGAGAAUGGACAGUGCCAUUGUCGAGUGGGUUUUGUUGGUCUAAAAUGCGAUCGAUGCAUUCAUGGACAUUUUAAUUUCCCGCAGUGCGAACUAUGUAACUGUGAUCUAUUGGGAACUGAUCCAACAACUUGUAAAGAUGGUGCUUGUCUCUGUGAUGAGAUUGGACAGUGCAGCUGCAAGAAGAAUGUGAUAGGAUUGAAAUGUGAUAGCUGCGACGCAUAUAGCUUUAGUCUAGAGAAAAGCAAUUUAUACGGUUGCACCGAUUGCUUUUGCUUUAAUCGUACCAAUUUCUGCGUGCAAAGCAAUCUAGUAUGGCAACAGAUUUAUGCACCUGAUCGUCAGGUAAUAUUCUCAGAACCAUGGAAAUAUUAUACACGUAAACAUAAUCUAAAUGUGCUUAGAGAGCAUCCACCGAUAUACAACAGUUAUCCGACAGACAUUACGCCUCUAUACUGGCCUCUUCCACCGAGUUUGUUGGGUGAUCGAACGGCAUCCUAUAACGGGUUUAUUCGUUUUACAAUCAAAAAUGAUGAUAACUAUCGCGGUGUCACCAAUGUGGCACCUGAUCCACAGCACUUCCGUUUCUUCCCGCAAAUUAUCUUGGUCGGCAAUCAUCGCAUCAUUCUGGAACAUACUUCUGACGAAGUGAACCAAUUGGGACGCUACAAAAUUCGUUUGCAUGAAAGUCAGUGGCGUUCACGUUUGAGUCCUGACGUGCCAGUAACACGCAAGCAGCUAAUGAUCGCCUUGCAAAAUCUCCAAGGCAUCUACAUCAGAGCUACAUACAACUACCCAUCCACGGGCGAUACAGCUUCUAUCAAUGAAAUAAGUAUGGAUGUAGCAGUAUGGGAAAAUGCCACCGAUGCUUCAAAUUUAGUAGCAAUUGGUGUGGAGCUAUGUGAAUGUCCUCAGGGUUACGCUGGUAAUUCAUGCCAAGAUCCAGCGGAAGGUUAUUGUCGGAAAAGGCAGUCUGAUUUCUUGAAUAGUCCAGAUGAUUUAGCAUUAGUGGGAGGAACAGAGCAAUGUGCAUGCAAUGGGCAUUCAACAACAUGUGAAGCAGAAACUUGCAGAUGCACUAAUUGUGAGCAUAAUACAUACGGUGAUUACUGUGAACGUUGCAAGCCAGGCUAUCAAGGAGACGCAUUGGUUGGUGGCGCAAAUGCAUGCACGAAAUGUGCAUGUCCGUUGCCGGACAAUAGCUUUAGUGACACCUGCUUAGCAGUAGGUUAUGGCCGAGGAUACAUGUGUGAUGCUUGUAAACCUGGAUAUAUAGGUCAGUACUGUGAAAACUGCCUGACUGGGUACUACGGUAAUCCGAAUGCAGUGGGCGGUAUGUGUAAGGAAUGCGCAUGUCAUCAGCACGGUUCGAAGACAGGCCAGUGUGAAUGUCGACCAGGUUUAUCCGGUCGAGAUUGCUCCUUAUGCAAAGAUCGGCAUGCAUUCAUUAGUGGUGUCUGCACCUCAUGCGAUCAAGGCUGUACCCGUGAUUUAAUGAAAGAAAUGGAUGAAUUAGAAGAAAUUAUGGAACAACAGAAUUUCACAAGUUUAAGACCGGUCCCAUGGAAACGCGUUGCUCGGAUAAGUAAUACAACAAAAGAUUUGUAUUUAACUUUGGAUUCGCUACAUUUGGAAAAUUCUGUCGGAGAAGAUAAAGAUAAAACUGACAUUGGCGUGGAUGAUAACUUCUUAAACGAAGUUAACGGACUGAUAGAGCAAACGAAAUUUUUGCUGGAACGAACUAACAAGUCCAAAAAUUCCUUGCAAAAAAGCACUACCAAAACUGAAGGAUUAUCAGCGAGAGUUCGAGAACAGGACAAAAUUCUUCGUGAGGUCAUCAGUCAGCUACGACAUUACAUAAAUUACGGAUUUGGGAAACAGGACAGCUCAAAGAUCAGUAUUUGGAUUCAGGAAGCAAAUACUUAUGUGAACGCAAUGAAAGAACGUGGAAUCUACAUCGAGAAACGUUACAAUCGUGGAAAUACCGAUUUCGAGAAAUCUCAAGACUUGAUGAAGCUGAUAACAUCACGUAUGUUGAACCAUACCUCAUUCGUUGAGUUGCGAGAACAACUGGAUGUCUUUGGACAGUGGUUGCACAGUUAUCGAGAUACCAUUUGGGAUAGAGCGCGUCAGGAUACCAUAUCCUCUGAUAAAGUAGCAAUUAUAAUAGCGAAACGGGUGGAUCGAUUUAAUGCCGUAAAAGCGAAUAUCAGUGAAUUAUUAACUAAAGCAAUCGAUGAACUAAGUGAAGCAGAAAACAAAGUGUCGACAGCGAAGACAGAAAAAAUUUUGACAAUGUUCGAUGAUUUCAAGCUCAUCAAUGAAACGCUAUUACCGCAAGUAGAUGAAAUGACGAAAAAAUGCCGCAAUGAAGCAGACAGAUAUGGGCAACUUCUGGAUGAAUAUCGUGAAGAGUAUGUAAAAAAAAGCGAACAUCACGCAGCAAAGCUGGAGGAUGAGGCACAAAAAUUGCGAAACUCUUUUGCGGAUACGAAGAAUGCCGCAGCAGAUCCACUUCGAGCAUCCAAUGCUUACAAGGAAAUUGUGGAAGCUUUACGGAAUGCCAGCAAAGCAGCAGAAGGGGCGAAGAAAGCUGCGGAGUUUGCAUUUGCUGAUGCCGAUCCGAAAUCUGAGAUCUCAAUGGUUAACAUGGCGCUGCAGACUAAGAAUCGCAGUAUGGUUAUUAAGGGACAAGCCGAUGAACUUAGCUUGAAAGAUUUGGAAAACGAACACUUGGCAACCAAUAUAGUGGCAAGUGAAAUGAAGGAAACAUUGCAGAAUUCAGUGAAACGAAAACUAGCGAUAAGUGAACAGUAUCAGUCAUUCGAUGACCAACACGACCGAAUGACUGGAUUGAUCAGUGUAGCUGAUGAUGCGGAAAAACGGGCCGAAAGUAUACAUCAGAAAAUGCAGGAAAUAUCUGUUGAAAUUGAUACAAUGAGCAGUGCUGUUUCGAAGCUGAAAGGUUUUGCUGGUGAGGGCAUCCGAAAUGUCACCAAUGAUGUACGUAAAGCUAAUCAAGGAGCACAGGAAGCGAUGAAAAAAGUUUCUGAAGUGAAGAAGCAAACAGAUAAAGAUUCAAGACGGAUCAAUGUUUUGGGGGAACAGAUUAAAUUAUUGCAGGAAAAAAUCAAAGAAGCACGAGAGAAAGCCUCACGCAUCCGAAUUUCGUUGAAAUCCGAUGAAAAAGGUGAUUGCCGCCGUGCUUUUAUCUCACCCGCACAUCUGGCUCCAACUAACUUAUUUACUAUCAAAUACCGUCCUUUACGGAAUGUUCCGGAUUCGUUGCUGUUCUUGACAAAAACAAUGACUAAGCGUACUCAGCAAUCAGAGUAUAUCGCAAUGGAACUAAGAGAUCGACGUAUCGUUGUACAGUGGAAUAUCGGUUCCGGUACACGAAUGGCUACCAAUACCCAUACCAUCAAUUAUAUCGCGCCAAGUGACAGAAGUGCCUGGUACCAUAUAGUAUUAGAAAGGAUUGGAAAUUCAGUGAAGCUGACUGUGGCAUUGCAUCAUACAAUAAGUGGUGAAGGUGAACGAACGGUUGGUGAACCGACUGCCGUAUCAGUGGGUCAUCCGGACGAGGAUGAUAGCAUCAUUUUCAAUACGGUACAUGGUGAAACGCUGAUUCAGUUUGGUAUCGAUGCAAAACUUUCGCAGGAUUUGGGUUUGGCAACUAAUAAGUUCCUGGGUACCAUUGGUGAAUUUACUGUUGACGGUGAAACUUUGCCGCUUUGGGCAUUUGCAAAAAGUAGCAAAGUUUGCGAAGGAGAUUUCGCUGCACCAGAAAGUCAAGCUACCGGUUAUUUUUUCCGUGACGGUUUUGCACAAAUUCAUCUUCCCUCGACAGAACGGCCAAGUGGAGCGCAAAUAACAGUGAUCUUAUCAGCUUAUUCACCAGAUGGUUUGCUAUAUUUCCGUGGCAAUCGAGAAAAUGGAGAUUUCAUCUGUUUGGAAUUACGUGAUGGACAUGUCCUUUUCAGGAUUAAUCUUGGCGAUGAUUCAUAUGCAAUCGUCAAAUCCAAGAAAUCAUCGUACGCCGAUGGACGCUCACACACUGUUCGUGUCAUUAGGAACUAUGAAAAAAUACAUUUGCAGGUCGAUAACGAAAGCGAUCGUAAUUCUGCAACGAUACUUGGUCAAAAUGCAAGACUAAAUAUUAACGGCGAUGAUCAUUUUGUGGGUGGCGUCCCACCAGGCUUCAAUAUUACUCCCUUCCAGCAUUUCGAUAUCCACUGGAGUGGAUUUUUUGGCUGCAUUCAAUCAGUCCGACCCUCCCAAGUUGCAGAACUAGAUCUUGACAAUCCAAUACGUUCACAACGUAAGUUGCGUGGAUGUAAUUUUAGAAAUGGUGAAAGGUUGGAACCAACUGAUAGAGUGGUUGGCUUCAGUCGUCCAGGUUAUCUGGUCAUUCAAGGAAUUCAACUCAGCAAUAAUUCCACGUUCGCAUUUGCAUUUCGCACAAAGACUGCCAAUGCUACAUUGUUGUUCCAGUCAAGUGAACUGGAAACUUUCAGAAAACGUCGAAAAAUUAGGGAUUCUUUUGGGACCGGAUACCUGGCAUUUUACCUGUACCGCGGCUACUUGGUUGUACAUCUCGGCACCGAUUCAUCACAGAAAAGUAAAGUGCUCACAUUGAGAUCUGAAGUGACCUACAACGAUGGACAGCUUCACUCCAUCUUUUUCACUCGUUCCGAAACAUUAGUUCGACUUCGAGUUGAUGAUCGAGAAAUAGCAUCUGGUACUCUUGGCGAACAGAAUACUAUAGGAACUACAUUAUCACAGUUGUUCAUUGGUGGAUUCCCAGAUGGGAUAAAGCCAUCAGCUAAUGAAAUGCCAAUCGCCGAAUCUAUGAUUGGAUGUGUAUCGAAUCUUUUUGUUAAUUAUCGACUUGUUCCAAUUAUACCGGAAGCGCACAUCGCCAUAAUUGGUACCUGCUCAGUGGAACAAAUUUUCUCAUUACAGAAAUCAGAACGGAGAGCAGAUGUGGAGGCAUUGCAAGCAGACGAACAAAAUGCUUUCAAUCGGAAAGCAUCGAAACUUUCCUUGCAUCUAACAGAGCCGACAUUGAUCAGCAAAACCGAACGCCUAUAUGCGGAUGGAUCAGUCAAAACAAAUCCAGUGAAUAUCAGAGAAGCCAUUAACAAGCCAGAAGAAUCAGAAUCAAUUGAUUUGAAGCAUUCCACAGUAACGACAACUGCUAGAACUUCCAUUGCCAUUCCUACUGCCGGAACUCUAAUCGAAUUGACGGAAAAAAAAGACGACGAUGAUGAUGUUGAUGAUGCUACUGAUUUGGCCAGUUUAACAUAUUUAGGUCCGGAAAAGUGCGGUCCAGAUCUGUUAGCUAAGAAUGAUGGCGAGGGUGCAGCACAAUUUGGCAUAGCGGAAGCGAGCCACUCAAGAUUGAACUUCGAGGAAGAUAAUUUGGAUGUCAACCAAUUCAAAAUCGAAUUUGCAUUCCGUACAGUAUUACCAAACGGGAUGUUGUGGAUUUGGGCAAAUUAUAGCAAUUAUACCCAUUAUUUCUUCUUAAAUAUGAUCAGUGGAUUGCUGCAACUUCAGGUUCGAGGACGUAAAGAACCAAAAACUCUGAUGUACAAAUCGAACAAACUGAAUGAUGGAAAAUGGCAUGAUAUUAGUAUGUUAAAGCAAGGACAAGAAAUUUUGCUCAAGGUAGAUCGCAAUCCGGCGCAGUACAUGAAAAAUGUCCCAAAUCUGAAAAUGAUGCGUAAACGAAUGUAUGUAGGUGGAGUCAUUUCAAGACACCGGAAACAAUUCAAUUUAACAAUACCCUCAUUUUCUGGAUGUAUCAGAAAUUUUGAAGUAAACGACGUUCAACAAGACUUAUUUGAAAAAAGUCGUCGUGUUUUACCAUGCAUCGUUGCUUCCAAUUCAGCAUACAUUCACGAAGGCGGAUAUAUGACGUUUGGAUCAUUAAAGUCUCUUCGUCAACUCCGAAAUAUUCAAAUUUCGAUGCAGUUCCGACCUGCUGUAAAAGAUGGAUUCAUCUUCGGUUUGGUGACGAACAAAUAUCCAGAAAACACACGAAUUGCUAUUUAUCUUAAAAAUGGCUUGAUGACCUUCGAACUCGUAUGCAACAAUGAAUGUCGCGAUCUGAAGCACGUUUUUAAAAAAGAUCUGUGUGAUGGCACUUGGCAUAAUGUCACCCUUUCUAUAUCACAUUCAAAUAUGAUUGUCAUCACAGUUGAUGGACAUCGGAAACGCUUACCGUCGAAGAUGAGCUCCAAAUCAGUAGAGUUUUUCCGAAGUUUGCCGAUAUACGUUGGCGGAGUAACUGCAUUGUCAGCUUCCAAGAUUGGUGUGCUAUCAAUGAUCGGUUGCUAUCAAAAUCUCCAAUUUUACGGAAAGCUGGUGGCUUUCAAAGAUGCCAAAAAGUUGAAUAAAGUUCUGCCCGAUGGUUGUCCAUUUUUAAACUGAAUAAUCGCCUGCCAUUCUCCAUGAAAUUUCACUUGAAAUUUGUUGUUAAUACGG